AUGUCACAAACAAGCUUGAGUGACUCCAUCGACAAAGAAAAGACUGUCUACGUCACUAAAGGCUUUGAAACCGCCCCCAACGGUGUGGUCGUAGAUGUUGACGACCUCCGUCACAUCAACGACCGUUUCGACGGUUCAUUCAAAGAUGACGACCUGGUCUUCAUUUCAGGCCAUAUGAAUGACUUGAAUUUCGAGCAAGCUUUAGAGGUGGUUCGUAAUGCUGCCAUUGAUCAUGACGAUGACCCCUCUAUUGACCGUCAAACGCUUGAGCUUCUCAAGCGCCUACCCGAAGGUCCGCUAGAAAACCAAUCAGAAACCGAAUGGGAACAGCUUGUGAGGUUUGAGGCUUUUCUUGUGAAAGAUUGGUCGGUUUAUCCUGAGGUUCGUGCUGUAACGCGUCCCAUUGAUGAACCAGGUGACUAUUGCGAAACUCUUCGUGUAUACGUCAUUGGUUUAUUCCUUGCUUGCGCAGGUUCUUGUCUUGCUACAUUCUUCUUUAAUCGUUUCCCCCAGAUUUCUAUUUCUCUCAGUGCCAUCCAGCUACUUAUCGUGUGCUGGGGUCAGGGAUGGGCUCGCCUACCGAACUUCAAGAUCCCUAUCUGGCCUGGGAAAAAGAUUGAUUUCAACCCUGGCCCAUGGAGCUUUAAAGAGCAAACACUUUGCUCUUUAGCUGUAUCUGUCUCUCUUGGUGCACCUUACUCUCAGUACACAAUUACUGCUCAGCAGAACGAUAACUUCUAUGGGUUCACAGGUGGUGGUUUCGGCUAUAUGAUUAUGUUUACCUUGUCCUCUCAAAUGAUGGGGUUCGGUAUUGCUGGUAUUAUGCGCACUUUCCUGGUUUAUCCUGAGCAGUGCGUGUGGUUCUCGGUAUUGCCUACCAUUGCCCUGAACCGCGCUCUCAUGGAAAAUGAGGAUCGUACCCCUAUUAACGGCUGGCGUAUUAAGCGCUGGGAAUGCUUUGUUAUCUUUUCAGUCUUCAGCUUCUGUUGGUACUGGGUCACCAACUUCCUUUUGCCUUUCUUGCAAAUGUUCGAUUGGCCAGCUUGGAUCUCCCCUAGGAAUGUUGACCUACAAGCCAUGACAGGUAUGGUUAACGGUCUAUCCUUGCAUCCUAUUACUACUUUCGACUGGAAUACUAUGGACCAAAGUGGUAUGAUCACUCCCUUUUACUCAACUGCAAAUAUGAUGUUUGGUUCCUUCAUUGGUAUGUUUGCGAUUCUUGUCAUUUGGUACACAAAUGUUUGCAACACCGGCUACCUACCCAUCAACUCUAAUUCUUUGUUCAACAAUGAGGCUAAGCCAUUCUCUGUCACAAAGGUACUUGAUGCUCAAGGAAAGCUGGACGAGGCCAAAUAUCAGAAGUACUCUUUGCCAUAUUACACAGCGGGCAAUCUUGUUGUCUACGGCUCUUUCUUCAUGAUCUACCCUGCAAUGGUCGUUUACGCUAUUUUGAAUUAUGGUGGUAUCAUGUUGAAGUCUGUGAAGAUGUUUGGCCAUAGCUUGCUCCAUCCUUCUGAGGGUCUUAAAUCGCAUCAUGACCGUUUCUCGCGUGCUCAGCAGAAGUAUAGGGAAGUUCCCGAAUGGUGGUUCCUUGUGAUCCUCUUGGGAUCAUUCGGUAUGGCUGUCGGUACCGUUGAAUACUACAAGUUUACUCAGACUCCAGUCUGGACAAUUGUGUUCGGCGCAGUUCUGGCUUUGAUCUUCACCAUUCCCUUCGGUUUGUUGUACUCAGUUACCAACCAGAGCUUCCAAAUUAAUGUUCUUAUUGAACUUAUUAUCGGUUAUAUUAUGCCUGGCAACGGAAACGCUUUGAUGAUUGCCAAGUCCUAUGCCACUGAGUUUUCGUCCCAGACUGAUAAUUAUAUCACCAACCAGGUCCAAGCUCACUACACCGGUAUUCCUCCUCGGGCUUUGUUCCGCGUCCAGAUGCUCUCCGUGAUUGUCGUCACUUUUGUUCAGGUUGGCCUUAUCUUCUGGCAGCUUAAUGGUGGUAUUCCUGGUUUCUGCGACCCCGAAAACGUCCAGAAAUUCACCUGCCAGUCCUCCCGCACUUUCUUCAAUGCAGGUGUGAUUUGGGGUACCAUUGGUCCAAAACGUGUGUUUGAUACGCUGUAUCCUAGUAUGAAGUACACUUUCCUCAUCGGAGCGUUUUUCCCAAUUCCAUUCUGGCUUGCUCGUCGCUUCUUGACUCGCAUGACCAAAGCUUUAGACUGGCUUUACAACAUCAAUGAACUGCUUUGGGUUGCCGGUAUUAUCUCCACUUUUGCCCCUUACAAUUUCGGCUAUUGGAUUCCGAACUUCUACCUCAGUUUCAUUUUCAAUUAUUGGAUCAAGCGCCGUGCCCCUAUCUGGUGGGCCAAGUAUAACUAUGUUAUUCUAGGUGCCAUGCGCGUUGGUGUGGCUUAUGGUGCUCUCAUCAUGUUCUUCUCUACAGGCUAUAAACACUUUGCUGCAAUUGGUGGUGCGGCUGGCUGGUGGGGAAGCAACGUCAUGUAUGAAAAUCUAGAUGCUGGUCUACCCAUCUUGGACAGUGAAGGCAAUCAAAUCGGAACUGAGUACGCUGUGCGUCUCCAUCUUGCGGAGGGAGAAUAUUUCGGGCCUCGUCGUGGCCACUUCCCUUGA